ACUCGCGCGCACAGUGCUGGGACACGUGUGUCACCGAGAGCCCGAUGCACUUUUCCCGAGCGCGCGAUGACGACGGCGACCGCGCUUAAUCGUCUCCCGCAUCCUUCGAGCCUUGUGUGACGCGACUUUUUCGAUCGAGGGGACGAGAGUAAGACACGGGGGUCUCCUCCGCGCAGCGGGCGGCCGCCUCGAAAAAUGCCAAGGUGAUCGUCUCUCUCUCUCUCUCUCCGUUUACGUCGUCCGUCAAGCUCCUGACGCGCCUCGAGGAAAACCCGAUCCGCGCGAAGAGACGGCGCGCGCGCUCCUUUCGCGUCUCGGGGGAUCUUGUAGCGUCCUGAUCGCGCCUCGUCCCUCCCGUCGUCGGAGUCGCGCACGCUGGAGAGCGCCGAGCCUCGCCCGGGCCAGACACGUCCCGUCGAUCGCGAUUGAGAGCCGCCGAGCGCCAGGAUGCAUCACACCGCGCCGUGGUACCUGCCCUGGGGCCUGAAGCUGGUGCCGCUGCCGAUCCCGCCGGGACACCCGGCCUCCGGCAUCCCGAAUCCCGCCGGCUUGCACCUGCUGACGCCCCUGCCGGGGAUCUACGCACCGGAGCCGCGUAAGGUCGAUUUGAAACCCCUGCGGGAGGCGGCGGUGGCGGUCCCUGCGCCGAAGAUCACCGAGAAGCGAAAAGCCGAGGACGCCGAUGCCAGCAAGGAUCUGAAGAAGGCAAAAUUGGAAACGAAAGCGCUGAAAGCGAAGAGGCCAGGAUUCACGGACGAGCGGUACAACGAGACCAGUUAUUACGUGGAGCACGGCCUCCGUAAGGUAUAUCCCUAUUACUUUACCUUCACGACAUUCACGAAAGGUCGAUGGGUCGGCGAGAAGAUCCUGGAGGUCUUCGCGAGGGAAUUCCGCGCUCAUCCAGCCGAGGAAUACGAGAGAUGUAUUCGCGCCGGCACCCUCACGGUCAACUAUCAAAAGGUGGACGUCGAUUACAGAUUACGGCACAACGAUCUCCUGGCCAACGUCGUCCACAGACACGAGGUGCCUGUCACCUCGGAGCCGAUCACGGUGAUACACAUGGACGAGGACGUCGUCGUGGUCAACAAGCCCGCCUCCAUCCCUGUGCACCCGUGCGGCCGUUACCGGCACAACACCGUGGUUUUUAUCCUGGCGAAGGAGUACAACUUGAAGAAUCUCAGGACGAUCCACAGGCUGGACCGGCUGACCAGCGGCAUUCUGCUGUUCGGUAGGACGCCGAAGAAGGCGAGACAGAUGGAGCAUCAAAUAAGAAACCGACAGGUCCACAAGCAGUACGUGUGCCGAGUGGAGGGCGAGUUCCCCGAGGAGGAGGUGAUCUGUUCGGAGCCGAUCGAGGUCGUCUCCUACAAGAUCGGCGUCUGCAAGGUCUCGGAGAAGGGCAAGGAUUGCGUAACCCGCUUCAAGCGCCUCAGCUACAACGGCAAGUCGUCGGUGGUGCUGUGCAAGCCUCAGACCGGGCGCAUGCACCAGAUCCGCGUGCAUCUGCAGUACCUCGGCUAUCCCGUGGUGAACGAUCCCCUCUACAAUCACGUGGUCUUCGGCCCGCACAAGGGCAGGGGCGGUAACAUCGGCAAGACCGACGAGGAGCUCGUCCGGGAUCUCAUCAGCAUCCACAACGCCGAGAAUUGGCUCGGCAUGGACGGCGAUUCCGACAUGAGCCUGUUCAAGACGAAGCUGGAGCUGGAGGAGCGCAUGCUGGGCUCCGGCAGCGACAAGGACAACGGUUCCUCGCCGUCGUCCACCCCGGGUCUGGUCGAGGACGAGCAGCCGCCGCCGCCGCCGCCGCAGCAACAGCAGCAGCAGCCGCCGCCGCAGCAACAGCAGCAGCAACCGCCGCCGCAGCAGGAAUCCCUCAAAGUUACCGUGGGAACGCAGACUGGCUCGGAACCGCCAGAUUCCACCUUCGCCAACGACAAGGUCACCGUUGACCCGCACUGCUACGAGUGCAAAGUCAAGUACAGGGACCCGAAGCCGUCGGACCUGGUGAUGUAUCUGCACGCGUGGCGUUACUGCGGCCCGGGAUGGGAGUACGAGACGCCGCUGCCCGCGUGGGCGGCGAGCGACUGGACCGGCGACGAUCGAUAGUUCGGACGGCGCGAUCGAGGACGAUCCACGCGGGCUCGACGGCGAGCGGUCGUCGCCAUUGACGUCGUCGAGUCCCGACCCACCCUUUUGAUAUCCUUACCCCGUGCCUUCCACCCGCCAACGAGCGAUCUUGACCAUCGUACGCGAGCAAGCGCAUGUAGACAGAUACGCAUACACACAAACGCAUACACACAGUAGAGGAACAGACACGUGCAUCCCUCCCCCCGCCCCCCCGCCCACGCUCCUGUAACUUGACCGUCGGACUUUCCGGGACGCUGUGGUCCGAGAGAAAUGGGAUUGCUGGGACAAUCUCGUGCCGCUCGACAUUUUACGUUUCUGCAAACUCGUCGUCGAUACGCGCGCAACGACGACAACUUGGCGUUAUCGCGAACCAAUUCUGACGGGCCGCGCCGUUUACGCGUCCAGAGAGACGACGUGUCACGCUCACGUUCUCCCGCGGUGAGCCCGCGCGCUCUCGCUACGCUAUAUAUUUCUGGCAAGAGAGUCGCGCGGGCGCGAUCCUACGCGGGAAACGAUCCGAGGCGCGACAUUAUUAUGCGGAUUAAUCAUAGCGACAAAAGACAGCCGUUGUUACCGGUCCCGUUACCGUAAAACUGUCCUGACUUUGGGAGCCAGCUAAUAAAUCAGACCGUCAUUAGU